AUGAACAAGAGGGGCUUUGAUAGCAAUGCCACAGGGGCGCGCGCUCCUCCGCCACUCUAUACCUUUCUCCCCCGCAGGCUCUCGGUUUGGCAGUCCCGAGAGGCGGCGGGCAGGGAGUCGGAGUCGGCCUCUCCCCUCCUCACCCUGCGGGCUGCCAGGGCGGCCUCAGCGCCCGGCUCCCCGGGAGAAGCCAAGAAGCUUAGAUGGUGUUCUGAGGGAAGGGGGGCAUCCGGAGGAGGGCCUUCACGGUAUGAAGCUACAACUGCACCGGGUGUGGAACAAGACACAGUGUCCCUAGAAAGCCCGCUGCCAGAUACCUGCGUGGCCUGCCAGAGACUAGGUUGCUGCCUUGCCAAGAGCUAUCCUGCUAGGGCUAUUGAAAGAGCUUUAAGUAAGUACACAAGGGGCGGGGCUCUCUCCUCCCCUCGUACCUGCCCUGCACCUGUACUGGAAGCAGCCGCACACAUAUCACCUGAUCAGGGCCCUUUCAGACUCCGUGAGAAAAAUGAAGCCCAAGAGGGAAGAGACUUAUUUGCCUUUCCCCCAGGGCGGCAGCUGGGAGUGUGUCCAGAGACACUGUCGACAUUCCAAGCAUCCUGUGCCUGCAUGUUUGUCUGUGGGUGCCUCCUGGCGACACCACACCACACCGGGGCUGGAAGGAAGCCGGAGAUUACUUUCUCUGUUGCCACUUUUCUGCUCUGGCCAUAGGUGUUUGGCUGGCUGGUGAUGUCAGGAUCCUUUC